AUGCGUCAUAGUCGACGCCAUCUCGCUCUCUUUCUCGCGCUGUUUCUCGUCCCCAUCGACUCUUUUAGUCGCGUUUUUCUUGUGCAUCUACACCCUAUUCUUGACGCUCAAAGUCUCUCUCGAUUGUCUCAUCUCUCACGCUCUGAGCGUCGAAAGCAAGUGCAUCAAACCUUGUCGAGCAUUGUAAAUGACGUCCAACGUAGUGUUUCGAGCUUUAUUACGGCUCAAAAUGACGAGAAAAUCAACGUGAUUCCUCUAUGGCUACAGAACACACUGAUAGUUUAUUAUACAGAGGAAAAUGAUUUGCUAAAUCAGUUUUUCAAUCGAGAUCUUGAAAGGUUUCCAGGGGUCUUGGACAUUGAAGAAGAUACUCGAGUUUUAAGGUUAAUUCAAGCACAAGAAGAAGAAGAGAAAGACGAAAAAGAAGAAGAAGUAGCUCAAAGUAAUAUUAAGCUACUUCAUGCUCCACAAUUGUGGGCAACAGGAGCAAAGGGAAAGGGGAUUGUCGUGGCCAGUAUUGACUCGGGUGUACGAUACACUCACGAAGCUCUUAGAGAUACUUUUAGAGGAACAAAGGAAAAUCACGUGGACUUUGAUUACUCUUUCUGGUUUACGCCAGGUACAGACAAAUCGAAGGAAACGCCGGAUACAGCAGAUGAAGUGGGUCAUGGAACACAUACGAUGGGGACAGUAGUGGGAGGUAAAGGAAUCGGUAUUGCUCCGGAGGCGACGUGGAUCACUGCACGAGCAUUUGAUAUCUGGGGUGCGGCGAAUAAGAGUGACUUUUUGCUGGCAGCACAGUGGGUUUUGUGCCCAACCAAAAUAGACGGCACGGGAAUAAACUGUUCACUCGGUGCAGACGUGGUGACCAAUUCGUUUGGGGUCGACCGAUCGACGCCUGUUUAUCCGCAAUGGACGUGGCUGAGCAAAGUGAUUGAUACAUGGCGAGCAGCUGGCGUCUACCCAGUAUUUGCCAGUGGGAAUACCAACGGGUUUUUGUGUGGGAGUGUAUAUUAUCCCGGUAGCCGUGAAGACACGAUCGCGGUGGGAGCAUUGAUUGGAGGGAGUUCGCUUUGGGGCGCAAGUGGGAAGGGUCCAAGUUUGGAUAGUGACUACGGUUUCCAUAACAUGCCGACGCAUGUAAGCAGCAAGUAUAUUAUCAAGCCUGAUUUUGUUGCUCCUGGGGUGGGUAUUCGAUCGGCAAUGAGCGUCAAGGACGGUGUCUACACCCGGCUUACUGGAACGUCAAUGGCGACACCACACGUGACAGGUGCCAUCGCACUGCUACUUAGUUUAGCUCACUCGAAAACGCCAGCUUAUGAAACGAUCUUGCGGAGUUUAACCGAGUCAACCACGCACAAGUUGCAUAAACCUUUUCUCGUACCCAGCAAAUGCGGCAACACCUCAUACCAAGAGUAUCCCAAUAACAUAUACGGAUGGGGCUUGGUGAAUGUAUGCUUAGCGGCAAAACACCUCGGUUUUCCGUGUGACGACUUAAGCAUAGCCACUGUUGGAGAGGAAGAAUUUGUUACACUCGCUGAUGUCCAGGCGACGGAGUAA